UCAACAUUUCUAAAGCGAUUAAAGUGUCGACGAGCACGGACAGUUAAUAAUAACGACAGGAACUGUAUGAGUACGCACACACAGUUACUAAUGACGCUCCACGUACUUUUUCCAGGAGAUCAUUAGCGUUACGAUCGUAACACAGCAGGCGGAGGGUCGUGUCACGGUGUUAGCCUGUGACAGAUGGCAAAGAUGCUGACUGAAAAGCUCAGUUUGACUUGUGACAGACUCCUGUCACACCGGCAGCUCGCAUGCUGUUACUCUUAUUUUAGCAUACCACAGCACGGCAAGGAAGUGCUCGUUUACAGCACAAGGGACGGACAGCAGAAGCCCCUCAUACUAACUGGUCACCAUGGUGACAUCAGUGCCCUUACUUUUGGAAAAAGAAGCAGUCCUGUUAUCCUCUGCUCCGCCUCUGCUGAUUACGUCAUUGUCUGGGAUAUUGAAUUGUGCCAGAAGAGAACACAGGAGGGUAAAGUUGCAGCUGGAACAGUUAUCGGGACUUUGCUGGGGGAGGUUGUUCAUCUUUCAUUUUGUUUCUCUGAUGCACGAGUGGCUGCAUGCACGGGAGCAACUGCAUGUAUUCUCAGCUCAAAGAGACCAGAAACGAUCCAUACCUUGACGGGCCACCUGGGACCUGUAACAUCAGCAGAGUUCUGCCCCUGGAAUAACAAUAUCCUCGUCACCACAUCAGAAGACCGCACCUUUAGGGUGUGGGAUUUAAAAACUGAAGCUGUUUUCUUCCAGUCGUUUGUGCUUUCAGCCUCUCCACUGCUCACUACAUACUUCUUGGAAGAGGACAGGCAUCUUAUCACCGGUUCAACUGAUGGACAGGUGUGGUGCUUUUCUCUCAGUGACGACCACAAGUGUCACCUAGUGACCAAAAUGGACCUUGAGAAGAUGGAAAAACGACAUCAAAUGCACCGAGAGACUGUGAGCCAUCAAGCAGGGUGUGUUUUAAAAUUGUCUGCUGUGGAGACUUCAAAACCUGUUCUCAAAAUGGCUUUAUGUAGGCCUCUAUCAGACAUCAAUGGUGACCAAGAAAAUGACAACAGCUGGUUUUGUAUUGGAAGCUCUGAUGGUCUGUAUGUGGUUGAUCUGGCUACGUCUGAACUGGUAACAGCGCUAUAUUUCAAAGAUUACCCUAAGCUGAGCAUCACCAUGGCUGGCUCAUGGACCAUCUCUCCAGGGUGUGAUAACUCUAUGCUGAUGUUAGUGAGCUCUUUGUUUACCCCAUGUGUGGUCAUGUUGGAGGUGCGUCUAUAUGGCCUAGGAAGGCCCUUGGCUUGUGGCAAAGGAUUUUCAGUGUUCCCAAGUUCUCCUCCGCUGCCCAAUUCUCCCCUCAAUACUGAGCUAAAGAGGAAGGAGCCCAGCCAUCCUAAAAAGAAAGGAGGUGUAAAGGACCAGCCUCUGGUUUUCCACUGUAAAGUGAAGUCAUCUGGAUAUACUAGUGCCCCGAGGAGGAUCAUGUUUUCACCCAAAACAAAUGUUCAAAAAAAUUCUUCCUCUAGGAAAAAGGCUGAUGGAAAUACAGGUUCCCUCCUUAAAGAUUACCCAGCAGACGGUGUGGCACCGGCUAUCCCGUGUGCUGAUGUGAGCGUGAAGAAGCAUGUUUCAUGUCUUCAGUAUUCAGGUGAUGGAAAACAAAUCCUGUGUGGUCUUGGAGACAGCACACUGUUACUGUACAAGUCCUGCCUUACUGGCGCUCCAGCUGUCUACAUAGGGCAUGACAAGCCAAUAAGCAGUUUGAGCUGGAGCCUUAGCAGACGGUGGUGGCUGAGUGCGUCAGAAGACCUGUCACUCCAAAUCUGGACUCACUGUAACUCAGAGCCUGCCAUUAUCAUGGGUGACAAAAUGUUCUCCAAACCCAUUAGAGGUGCUCAGUUUUAUUAUCUCGACAAAUUUGUACUUCUGGCAUCCGGGCCCUCUCUGUACCUGUACCUGUAUAACCUGGACAUCACACGCGAUGACAUAAAAAGAUAUCAUCAACGGAGUGUCAGCAAAUUGGCUGGAUGCUUUGCGACAACAUCAGCAACAGACAUCACCUCCUUGUCUGCGAUCAAUGAUUUUUUCUCCCACAUUGUUUUGGUGUGUGGGUCAGAUCGGUCUAUUCAAGUAUUUGACAUGAACAAGGGCACAGUUGCCUCAGAGGUGCCUGAUGCCCACAGCAGAGCCAUCCACUGCAUCACACAGAACAAGGGAUCAGCUUUUAGCUCACAGGCUCCAGAUUCAUACAACCUCUUCCUGACCAGUGCUGUCACUGAUGGUAUGAAGAUUUGGGACCUUCGAACACUUAGGUGUGUACGGCGUUAUGAGAACCAUGUAAAUCGCUGCCAGCCCUGCUCUUCAGCCGUUUCGCCAUGUGGACGCUUCAUUGCCACAGGCUCUGAGGAUAACUGUGCCUAUGUGUAUGACAUCCGUAGCAGCAACUAUCUCCACAGAUUACAAAACUACUCAGACACUGUGCUUAAUGUGGCCUUCAACCCUGCUACACCACAGCUGCUAACUGGGACCCUGGAUGGGAAGCUCAGGCUGUUUAAGUCUAGCAGUGGCUCUUCUUUGUCCUGUGACACCAGCGCUGCCAUGCACAGUGUCCUCAACAAGACUGUGUAAUUACAGCUGGCCCCUGCAGAGCCCAUGCAGGUUUUAUUAAUGCAGUUCCAAGUGGGAUUUUCAUUGGGAAAGAAGAAUUUAAACGUUUUCUUUUUUUGCUCUUGGUUUAAUGAAAAACAGGUAGAGUUAUAUAAAAAUGUGCUCUUGUGUGUUCUUCCUCGGUGCUUAAAAUUGUCAGUAGAAACCAGCCAUUUCAGAUCAUUUGUCUUUGUUAAACUUCCUGCCCAUGCUUCCAGCGCAUUUCUCAUUUAAAGGGAGCGCGCUGCUUUCUUUGAACUCAUUUAGCUGCAUUUUUGUGAUGCACGAUUUAGUCAAUUAAACAUAAUAUCACUAAAUUUGCCAAAAACAAUUAUUAUUAGCAGUUUUUCACAUCUGUUGCACAUUCUGGAUGGUCAAGCAUAACGUUUAGUUUGUUCAGUAUGUGGAACAGAUGUACUUCUUAUAUCGCUGGCUGUGACCUCCACUUAGCAUAUCAGCACGUAGAGCUAUGACAUCAACUGGGUGCAACCACUUUGGCUGCCAGACACACAGAUGCUCCUACUGUUCAUACUGAUGCACCCAUCUCCAUUGUUUGUGCUGGAUGUUUAGUCCUUUCUACCUUAGUCACAACAAACUGUCAGGUACUCUAAUACAUAGUAGAGGAUAUAAAGGCUCAAUGUGAAAUUUGUUCAAAAAUUGUUGAAUUUGUUGAAAAAUUGGUUUGCAACAACACUAUUUACAAAAACGCUGGCAAGCUUAAAUUUCUAAGGUUUCCCAUUUGAUGCAAGAUUCCAGUUUAUUUUCUGUGAGCUUUUUUAAAACACAUUUGUGAUGUUACAGUCUUGUGCCAAAAUAGAUUCAAUUCAUUCUUCACCUCAAAAUUCUACAAAACAAUUUAAAUCUAUUAAAAAUAAUAAAUUAAAAUAUAACAUGUAUAUUCUGAGCCUUUGCCAUGACACUCUGAACUGAACUCAGGGGCAUCCUGUUUCUGCUGAUCAGCUUGAUUGGAGUCCACCUGUGGUAAAUUAAUUUGAUUCGACAUGAAGGUACGCACCUGUCUACAUAAGGUCCCAUAGUUGACAGUGCAUGUCAGAGCACUAACCAAGCCAUGACGUUUAAGGAAUUUUCUGUAGACAGAGGAAAAGGUCCAGAAGGACAACCAUUUCUGCAGCACUCCAGUAAUCAGACCUGUGUGGCAGAACAGCCAAACAAAAGCCCCACCUCAGUAAAAGGCACGUGACAGCCAAAAAGUCUGCCCAAAAGCACCCUAAGGACUCUCAGACCAGAGAAACAAAAUUCUCUGAAACAAAGAUUAAACCCUUCGGCUUGAAUGCCAAACAUCAUGUCAAGAGGAAACCAGCCACUACUGAUCCCUUGGCCAAUACCAUCCCUACAGCAGAGCAUGGUGGUACAGAGACAUCCUUGAUGAUAACCUGCUCCAGAGCGCUCUGGACCUCAGACUUGGCUGAAGGUUCAGCUCCAAACAGGACAACAAACCUAAGCACACAGUCAAUAUAACAAAGUAGUGGCUUCAGGACCACUCUGCGAAUGUCCUUAAAUGGCCCAGCCAGAGGCCACUAAGUCUCUAUUCUUUUGUGUCAUUCUUAUAUCUCCAAACAAGGUGACAGAUUAAUAUGUUUUCUCUUACAUUGAUUUGGAAAUAAAAUCAAAAAUAAUUUUUGAAGUCACAAAGUCAUCAAUCCUAUAUCGCAUGUCCUCUUAGGUUCAACAUUAAGAUAUUCUUUCUAUCUCAAGUUUAAUACCACAGUUUAUUGCUAAGUAACGUUUCCUGGUGAUGUUUAAUUUUCUUUGGAAAAACAGUUACUAUCUCCUGCUCUGCUGCUCCUGUCACCUCCACCAUAUUAUAAGCCUUAACUCAGUCUUCAGACAGAAAGGAGGAAUGCUCAUCCCCCAUCUGCAGGGGGACAUAAUUUCAAGCAUCACUCAUCCCCUGUCCAAUAGGAAAAGAUAUCAGAGUUGACGCAUUAUGUGAUGGCGCUAAAUCCACUGAUAGUAUGCUCAGUCUUAACUUCCUCAGACUGUUUUCCAAAAACUGCUCAUCUGUGUCUUGUCCCCUGUCCAGUAUUCUGUAUUUGAUUUACUCUGCCCUUUUUGGACUGCUUACUUUAAUUGAUACCAAGGCAAGCUGUCUGUGAGGAUGUGCAGUGCGAUCCUCAGCUAGAUCAUGAAGUAUAGCUUUGAAGUUGCACAGUAUCAGCUGCCAGAUAUGGAUAGGAUUUAUAGGGUGGUACCUCUUGCUUUGUCAUGCAUUACAUUAUGUAUGUACUGUGUGUGUGUGUGUGUGUGUGUAGGUGCGUGUGUUUAUGCCACAAAGAUAGGUAUGUACUGGCAACGCUGCAUUUUCCCUGUCACGGUGAGCUUUAGUGUUCCUGCAAGUAGGAGACACUUUUUAUCGGAGCAGAACGAUAAAUUGUCUUUGGGGUAAAUUUACGCAGCCAUGUUCUUUCUCUAUUUUCGUCCUGGAAUGUGUGUAUUCAGUGUCUUUCCUUGAAUUAAUUAACCUGAAUUCAGUGAGCAUGUGCUCUCAAAACAAAGUAAUAUAUUGCCAUAUGUGCAAAUCCUUUGUCUGUGUGAGGUCAUUUUGGGUCCACUCCCUUCAUCGAGCUCACCACUAAAGAAUGAAGUACACUUGAAAAUAAAAAGGACUUCAAUAAUAUCCACACCCAAACAUUAUGAGUGUCCAACAUUCAAUCUCUCACAGUCUUUUGUCAUUGAAACUGACAGAAAGAAGAACUUUGUCUCCAGCUUUGGAAUUAUUAGAUGCUGGAUAUGACAGCACUGAACAUGGUGUAACGCUGGAGGAAGACAUGCAGAGCCCUCAGCAUAAUAUACAAAUGUGUAGGUGUCGUUCCCCGCUAUGUGGUUUGGUGGUCUUUUGGCUCGCUGGUCACAGUCUCAUCAGCACUCUGAACACAUUUCCCUUGGGUCAUAAUGAGGCACGUGAACUUUACUGAUGAUCUACAGACUCGUGAGGAUUUCUGCUCUUUUGUUCUCAAGAGUUCAAAGCUAAGGGAGUGGACACGUGUCAAAAACUGCUGUUCUGCUCUCUCAGUUCAUUCCAGUAAAAGCAAAGCUAACGGAACAACGUAUAAUGUUCUAUAAAUUGUGCCAAAGAAAUCCAAACUGAUGAUAUCUGUAAUGAUUUAUAUUCUAUACGUAAAUUACAGGAAAAAUAACUGAGAUUCAGCUCAUACGCAAUCUAUUUAAUGAGAGUCUUCAAAUGUUCAGACACUAAUGAUGGUAUCAGUCAUCGAGCAUC